CGACGAUGUGGUCGUGUAUUCGCACGUGGGAGGGGAGGUGGUGUACCUGCCGAAGAACGCCUUGCUGCCUGUGACGUUGAGAUCGCGCGAGUACGAGGUGUUCACCGUCGUCCCUCUCAAGCACCUGCCAAACGGUGUCGCCUUUGUGGUGAUCGACCUUCUCAGCAUGUUCAACUUUGGUGGCGCGGUGAGAGAGCUGAGAUUCGGUGGUGAGGAUGCCGACGUCGAGCUCAGAGUGUGGGGCUCGGGCACGGUCGGAGCUUAUUCCUCGACCAAGCCAACGUGUGUCGUCGUCGAUUCCAAGGCGGUUGGUUUCUCCUACGAUGGCACCUAUGGCCUCAUCACCUUCGAGCUCAACAUCCCCGACCAAGAAAUGUACUUGUGGACGGUUACAGUAGGGUACUGA